CUGUCUGAAAACGAGAUUUAAUCCACCAUUUUACAGCCAGCCAGCCGAUACCACCAACAGCUAUAUUUCAACUCUUUUCACUCAUUUACAUUGGCUUUACAGUUGUUUUCAUUAAAGGAACUCACUGAAAUUUUUUUUCAAGAGCUUUUAUUUUUAUUUUUCACAUUUCUAAAAGAUGUGGCUGGGUUAACGAAUAUAUGGAACCUUCAGGAAGCGGCGGGUCCAACCGCGUACUGCGGCCCUCCAGCCAUAUGAUGGAAGGUGUAGGAGCACGGGUUGUCCGUGGACCCGACUGGAAAUGGGGCAAGCAGGACGGCGGUGAAGGCCAUCUGGGAACUGUCAGGAACUUUGAGUCGCCUGAGGAAGUUGUCGUUGUCUGGGAUAACGGAACGGCGGCCAAUUACCGAUGCUCAGGAUCUUAUGAUCUCCGGGUUCAAGACAGUGCUCCGACUGGAAUCAAACAUGACGGGACGAUGUGUGAUACCUGUAGACAGCAACCAAUUUUUGGCAUUCGAUGGAAGUGUGCGGAAUGUGCUAACUAUGACUUGUGUUCCCUCUGCUAUCAUGCAGAUAAACACAACAUGCGACACAGGUUUUAUCGCAUCACCACCCCAGGCAGUGAAAGAGUCAUGUUAGAACCACGAAGGAAAAGCAAGAAAGUUACAGCUCGAGGUAUUUUCCCCGGUGCAAGGGUAAUGCGUGGUGUUGAUUGGCAGUGGGAAGACCAAGAUGGUGGUAGCACUCGGCGAGGAAAAGUCACAGAGAUACAAGACUGGAGUGCUGCCAGCCCAAGAAGUGCUGCAUAUGUGUUAUGGGAUAAUGGUGCAAAGAAUCUUUACCGAGUUGGCUUUGAGGGUAUGGCUGAUUUAAAGGUGAUGAAUGAUGCUAAAGGUGGUUCCUUUUAUCGAGACCAUUUACCUCUUUUAGGUGUAACAGGCGAACCCUCUCUUGGCUCCCGGUCAGGAGUUGGUGGUCUUGCUAUCAAUGAUUUGGUCAAUGUUGAUCUAGAUCUGGAGAUAGUUCAGUCGCUACAGCAUGGUCACGGUGGAUGGACAGAUGGAAUGUUUGAGUGUCUGGGAACCACAGGAACUGUGAUUGGUAUUGAUGAAGACAGAGAUAUUGUUGUGUCAUAUCCCAGUGGUAAUCGGUGGACAUUUAAUCCAGCUGUUUUGACAAAGGUUACUCCAACAGCUAAUACUGCAUCUACAUCAACUGAAAAUACAUCAACAAACUCUCCAUUUGCUGUUGGAGACCUUGUACAAAUUUGUAGUGAUGUGGAACGCCUGAAGCAGCUACAACGUGGACAUGGUGAAUGGGCUGAAGCUAUGUUACCUACUCUUGGUAAAGUAGGAUGUGUUCAACAAAUUUACCACGAUAGUGACUUAAAAGUAGAAGUUUGUAGUACUUGUUGGACAUAUAACCCUUCGGCUGUUACAAAAGUUGCUUCAGCAGACGGUACUGCCGUACCACAUUCUUCUGGAGAACGUUUGAGCGCCCUGUUGAAAAAAUUGUUUGAAAGCCAUGUAUCUGGAGAUGUGAAUGAAGAAUUAGUGAAGGCUGCCGCGAAUGGUGAUGCUGCUAAAGUAGAAGAAAUUCUUCAACGACCUGAAGCUGAGGUGAAUGGAGUUUUUGCUGGUCAUACAGCAUUACAGGCAGCUUCUCAGAAUGGCCAUAUGGAAGUAAUCAAAACUUUAAUGAAGAACUCAUUGGAUCAUGAAAUAGAGGAUAAGGACGGAGAUCGAGCUGUACACCAUGCAGCUUUUGGAGACGAACCAGCUGUGAUUGAACUCCUGCAUAAAGGAGGUUGCGAUCUGAAUGCGCGCAACAAACGUCGGCAAACACCACUUCACAUUGGCGUCAAUAAAGGACACAUUGGUGUUGUCAAAUGUCUCCUAUCUCUAGGGUGUCACCCUAGUCUUCAGGACUCUGAGGGUGAUUCUCCAUUACAUGAUGCCAUCAGCAAGAAGAGAGAUGAUAUGAUUACUUUGCUCUUAGAGAAUGGAGCAGACAUAGCUAUCACUAACAAUAACGGCUUCAAUGCCCUCCACCAUGCUGCACUGAGAGGUAACCCAAGUGCGAUGCGCAUUCUUCUGUCCAAGCUUCCUCGGCCAUGGAUCGUUGAUGAGAAGAAAGAUGAUGGUUACACAGCAUUGCACUUGGCAGCACUUAAUAAUCAUGUGGAGGUGGCUGAGCUGCUUGUCGAUCAGGGCAAAGCGAACAUGGAUAUUCAGAACGUCAACCUACAAACUGCUUUACACCUGGCUGUCGAGAGACAACACACACAGAUUGUUCGUUUACUUGUUCGGGAAAAAUGUAACCUGAAUGUUCCGGAUAAAGAUGGUGAUACGCCACUCCAUGAGGCAUUACGCCAUCAUACACUUUCACAACUUCGACAACUUCAAGAUAUGCAAGAUGUUAGCAGGGCUGUGGAACCAUUUGGGGGGAUGACUUCCAUUGGCAACAACCCUGAGACUGAUGCCAACUCCCAGCAAAAUGCAGUUUGGAAAAGAACUACUCUUCUGAUGGGCUUAGGAACCCCAGGAGGCGACAAGAAAUCUAGUGCCUCUAUUGCUUGCUUUCUAGCUGCCAGUGGAGCAGAUCUAAAUAUUAAGAACAAAAAGGGGCAGUCCCCUCUUGAUCUCUGUCCAGACCCUAAUUUAUGCAAGGCUCUUACCAAGUGCCACAAGGAAAGGAACAGUCCUGCUGUCACCCCUCCAAAUGCUGCCACAAUUCGUAAUGACCAAGAAACUCUGGAAGAAUGCAUGGUUUGUUCUGACAUGAAGCGUGAUACCCUGUUUGGGCCGUGUGUCCACAUUGCAACUUGUUCUCUAUGUUCUCCUCGGGUUAAGAAAUGUCUCAUCUGCAAAGAGCCAGUGCAGUCUCGUACAAAGAUUGAAGAAUGUGUGGUUUGCUCUGACAAGAAAGCUUCCAUCCUUUUCAAACCUUGUGGUCAUAUGUGUGCUUGUGAUGGCUGUGCUGCCUUAAUGAAGAAAUGUGUCCAAUGUCGAACACAGAUUGAGAAAACAGUUCCUUUCAUUGUUUGUUGUGGUGGCAACCCUCCACCAGUUCCGCAACCAGUUGGCGUCAUGAACAAUGGGUCAAGAGACUUGUCUCGAGAUAUACAGAAACUUCAACAACAACUACAAGAUAUUAAAGAUCAGACUUGCUGUCCAGUGUGCAUGGAUCGACUAAAGAACAUGAUCUUCCUGUGUGGUCACGGAACCUGCCAGAUGUGUGGUGACCGUAUGGCCGAGUGUCCAAUAUGUCGCAAGGCUGUUGAGAAAAGAAUCCUUCUCUAUUGAUUUACUUCGAACUGACAUUCUCAUGUCAGGGCUCCCCUCUAGCAAAAGGAUGAGAAGGGAUUAAUGCAAAUGGAAAUUUUUGACAAAAGAAAAAAAACAAAAAAAAAAACAUGUAUCUAGGGGAGGUUUGGUUACAACUUGCUAUUCAAGAUGUUUUGCUGUAUAAUCUAUUAGAUUUAUAUCUUCCACCUUCUGACCCUUCAGACCUCUCCUGCUUCUAAAUGUUGUUCUUGCAACAGUCUGUCCAGCUUUGAUUUUCUUAUUUAAUCUUUCACCCUUUGAUCUUUGCAACAGUUGUCAUGGUGAUCUAGUCUGAUUCUCAUCUGUUUUACUGUUUCCUUGAGUGCAUCCCUCCCCCCUCUCUCUCUUUAGUGUUGAUACUGACCACCAGUCAGCUAAAACUGCCCUGUGUGUACCUCUUUAGUCUUGAAACUGUCCACACGUGUACUCCUAGUCUUGAAACUGUUCACACGUGUACCCUAGUCUUGAAACUGUCCACAUGUACUUUUAAACUCAGCACCUCUGCCAGAGGGGGGGGGGGGGAAAUAAAAACAACUUUUCAAAUAUCUGCUAUGACCCCUCCCCCCAAACUUUUAAGAAUCAGAUUGUGUUCUUCAGUUAUUACUUGAAAAACAUUCUGUCAAUUAUUGUCUGUAACCCCACCUCCUCUAAUUCCUUUCGGUAAAGCAUAAGCACUUGAACUUCCAUAUUUCUCUUAUAAAUAAGUUUGGCUUCAAUGGCA